AUGUCCAACGCACGACGGCUAGCUAGAACCACCACCAAUCUACCACCGUGUGUGGUUCAAAUCCACCCUAAUGAUAGCUCUGUGUGUUUAGUAGGCACCUAUCAGUUAGAAGAAGAGGGUAUGAGAAGAGGAAGUUUAGAUGUGUACAGAAAUUAUAAUAACCGACUGGAUUUCGAGUCGUCAAGUGAAACUGAUUCUUCCAUUUUGGAUGUUAAAAUAUGCCCUCAUGAUCCAUCUCUAGUAUUCACUGCCCAGUCUACUGGCAGUAUUAUUGCUUGGAAAAUAUCAGUUCCAGCCCACUCGCCAUCUUCAAACCCAUCUUCACCAUCAUCUGAAGAAGAAUCUGUUCUGGGUCGUUCGCCGGCAUCUAUUUCAUCUAUUUCAUCGAUCUCAUCCAGAUCAUCCAGAUCAUCUGUUUCUGCCAGAGCUUCGUUGCCACCGGUUUCUCUGAAAAAAAUCGACCAGUUCCAACUAUUUCCUGAAACUACUCUUGUUUUGGCUAUUUGCUUUUCCCCUGAAGACCCUACUAUCAUGUCUGCUACCCUUUCUUCAGGAGAAGUGGCCAUGCUUAAAUUCGCCAAUAACGGUGCACCAGUCAUUACUGGACUCAGCCAUACACAUCUAUUAGAAUCAUGGACAUCGGCCAUCGGAUCACGAUCUCUUAGCAACGUUUUAUUUUCCGGUGGAGACGACAGUCUGCUUGCAGCCCACGACAUGAGACUGAUGAGCGAGACCGAAUCCGGCGUGAUCUGGACGUCAGUCAAAUUGCACGAUGCCGGUGUGACAUCGAUUCUUCCAUCCAGUAAGAAUUGGAUGUCGUCGAACCCCAACUAUCUUUGGACCGGUGGAUACGACGACCACCUGCGAGCUAUUGAUCUGCGAACCGGUCCAAACAACUCUUUAGAAUCAUACCUGCCACCCACCGUUUCUUCCAGUAUCAACCUUCGAGGAGGAGUCUGGAGGCUGACUCCCAGUCCUAAAGAAGGCGACGACAGGGUUCUUGCCUGUUGUAUGUACGAAGGAGCCCGAAUCGUGAGCCCUGACCGACCAGCCACUGUCCAACGAGUCAUUCGCAAGGGCCACGAAUCCAUGGUCUACGGCGGCGACUGGACCGCCGACGGCAGCCAAAUGAUCACCUGCAGUUUCUACGACAAACAACUGCAACUGUGGUCCAGCCAAGACAAAGAAGAAGACUACCCUCGCUUCGAACAAGAGUCGGCUUAUGCCCAGCUCAACAACGAGUCGCUCCGCACCCAAAGCCUCCUCUCCACGCCCGAAAUCAGCAUGUAA